AUGGAGGUAGCUGUAAGAGUGAUCACCCCUCCACUUCCGGAGGCAUCACGUUCGGAGACGACCUUUUGCUUUGGAGUAUCACUCAAAAUCAUGGAAAAAACGAAAAAUCAAGAAAAGGACAGGAGUAUUAGUGGGCCUUACGCCCAAGAAGCAGCGAUUACCGUAAGCGCUGAGAUGAAGCGGACGCAAGCGCUGGAACGCCUCGAAAAGCUGACCAGCGAACUGCAUGAGUUUGUCCAAUCAAAGGUCAAUAUCCAUAAAGAGAUAAAGGCCAAGGCAACCGGGGUAGUUAACGCCCUUCGAAGGUUUAAAAAACUGGACGAAGAAUGGCAGUCACCUCGACGACUCACUCCUCGUUUUACGCCGGAGAAGAGCAGUCAACUUACUGUGGAGAUCGAAGAAUCAAUGGACACCGGAGGCGAUGGUGACGGUGAAUCUGAUGCUAAAGACGAAGGUCAUACUUCUAACAAGUCUAACAAGAGGAAGGACCAAAACUCCCCAGAUGGAAUAGAUGGGCGAUUGACGAAGAGAAAGGACUUGAAACCAAGUCCUCCGAAAAACGUGAUGAAGCAGAAUGCCGAAAAAAAAGACGCGACUGAUUGGAAAGAUGUCCACACAAGGAAAGAGAAACGGAGGCUAGCCAAAGAACAGCUCCCAAAAGAGCCUCCAAAGAAGCCCCGGCCGGAGCCUAAGCGCAAAAAACCGCUCAAAUGGAUCAGACCCGACGCACUGAUCAUCCGCCCGGCCGAGAAAGCAAAGUACGCCGAGAUUUUGCGUCGCAUAAAGAAGGACGUCUCUGAUGAGCAAGUUCGCACAACAGUGGACAAGAUCAACAAGACCAGAAGCGGGGACUUGCUGAUUACGAUUUCGCGGAAGUGCGUGGACAAAGGCCAAGGCCUGAAACAUACCAUCGCAAACAUUCUUAAGGAGGAGGCCAAAGAGGAAGGAGACAAACAAGACGAUGAACAGGAGAAAAAAAAACAAGGCGAUGAACAAGAGGAAGAAGAAAAAGAUGACGAUAGAAACGAGAAGGAAGUUGACAAUAACUUAAAUCACAAUGAAGCUCAUUCAAUAUCGAUUCCAACUGACGAAAAUGCAGUAAUGUUAUUCAAAAGUAUCGGGAUACAAGUUUAA